AUCGAAAUAUUUAUGACGAAUAAAAAUUACUUAUAAUAAAAUCUUACAUUCAGGCUAUGUAUUCUAUCUACGUAACACGUACAUACAUCUACCUACCUAUAAUUUUGUUGGUUGUUUUGAAGAUUCUUCCACGAUCCUUUUAAAUGGUAUAAUGUUCACCAUUGGAAACAUUACUGGAUUGACAUUAUUUCCUUAAAAAAAUGUGAAAACGCAAACGUCACUGUCAGUUGUCACUGUCAAUGUCACAUCUCGGAAAUCUGAAUUUUUUGGGUGACGCAUUCUAGGGCUUCGCCCUAUUAUUGUCUAAGUAAAAAUAAUUUAGAAUAAAGAAUAGUUGUUAAUUAUUUUGCAACCUAUCAACGUUUACAAUAAAAAUAUUUUUGGAAUGUUUUUAUGUUAAUAAAUAAACAGUGAAAGUGUGCUAUUUUUUCGUCAGUGAUUAAACCGGCUUCAUAAGAUGUGGAAGGCAGCAACGGACGUGACGGCGCCUGCGCCCGCCGAGGCGGACGACUGGGAGACCGACCCCGACUACGUGAAUGACGUCACCGAGCACGAGCAGCGCUGGGGCCCCGGAGGCAGGAACGUCGAGGCUAUUGACAUGAAUAAGUUGAGAGAGGAGGUGCUGGAAGCAGACAAAUUGGCGAAGAAGAAGCAAUAUGAAGCGGGGCCUAAACCUUCUUAUGGUUAUGGCGGCAAGUUCGGCGUGCAGGCGGACCGCAUGGACAAGUCGGCCGUGGGACACGACUACGUCGGCAAAACUGAAAAGCACGUCUCGCAAACCGACUACGCGCAAGGUUUCGGCGGCAAGUUCGGUGUGCAGACGGACCGCAUGGACGCGUCCGCCGUCGGACACGACUACGUCGGCAAGGUCGACAAACACGUCUCGCAGACCGACUACGCGCAGGGCUUCGGCGGCAAGUACGGCGUGCAGACCGACAGGGUCGAUAAGAGCGCGGCGGGUUGGGAACACAAGGAGGCUGUGGAGAAGCAUCCGUCUCAGAAAGACUACGCGGUGGGGUUCGGCGGCAAGUUCGGCGUCCAGGCCGACCGGCAAGACGCCGCCGCACUGGGCUGGGACCACCGGGAAGACAAACAGCAGCAUCAGUCACAGAAGGACUAUGCUAUCGGUUUCGGCGGCAAGUUCGGCGUGCAGACGGACAGACAGGACGCGUCCGCCGUGGGCUGGGACCACCAGGAGAAGACGCCUGCGCACGCCAGCCAAGUCGACCAUAAGAAGGGUUUCGGCGGCAAGUUCGGCGUGGAGACAGACCGCGUGGACAAGUCUGCGCAUGCGUUCGACGAGGUCGGCAAGAUCGGCACAAACUACGCCAAGCAGAAGCCCGAUAUAGGAGGGGCGAAGCCGUCGUCUAUCAGGGCCAAGUUCGAGAACAUGGCCAAGGAGAAGGAACAGGAAGCUCUGCAGUCAGUACAGAAAAUAAGACAACAGAGACAACAGCUGGACAACGACUUAACCCAAAAGGAGAGAGAUCGCGUGGCGAAAGAGAAAGAAGACGAACCGCCAAAGCCGGCAGAACAAGUAGCCGCUCCCGCCGCAGAGAAACACGUCCAGAAACUUCCAGAACCCACGCCUAAGGAAAUACCGGAACCAGCAUACAGGGAAAUUCCGGAGCAGACUUACUCGAACAUUCCAGAACCUAUUUACGGGGAAAUACCGGAACCUACUUAUGGAGAGAUAGAAGAGCCUCACAUCUAUGGAGAGAUUGAGGAUAAACAGCAUAUUUACGGCGAGAUAGAGGAGAAAGUGGAAGUCAAGGCGGCGCCGAGCAAGGAACCGGCUAAAGAAGAUGCUAAGAACUUACCCGACGUGACGCUCGUGGGAGAACCUAAAGAGGAGAAAGAAGAGCAGAUAUCCCGGCAGCCGACGAUCGUAGUGUCUCCCGUGGGUUGGGAGGGCGGCGAGGAGGUCCCGGAGGAGGAGGACGGGUACACGGCGCGUGCCCUGUACGAUUACCAAGCCGCCGCUGCAGACGAGAUCUCAUUCGAUCCUGAUGACAUCAUCACCAACAUUGUCAUGAUCGACGAAGGUUGGUGGCAAGGUCUGUGCAAAGGGUCUUACGGCCUGUUCCCUGCGAAUUACGUUCAGUUGCAGGACAAGUGAGCUGGCGUGAGUUAAACAUUCCUCGGACGUAAAAUAAUAUGCGGCGCAUUGUUACACUACUCCAGAGAAAAUAAGGAACAUCAGGUUUUGAAUAUAUUAUAGAGAAGGGGGUAGGGAUUAAAUUUGUCGCAAAUAGAGGCACGAAUCGUGAGCACACUCGUGAUUGGUCCGUUCGUAGUUCAUGUCGAACCAUGUGAUUGGUUCCUUAGUCUAUGCUCGUUGUCUAUUGGCUUACACUUGCCAUACGACAACUCCGCGAUAAAAUUCUAAAAAUAGUUUAAUUUUAAUGUCUAACAUUCGCGUAAACAUAAGAAAUCAUUAUACAAUAAUCUUGUCAAUUUUUAUGUAAGACCGCUCGCCCCUACUUCUUUUUGUGCUCAUGACUUGUGCCGUUUACUGUACUUUAUGGUAAGUUUUCACCUCCGCUCUUAAAUAUGAGAAUUUGUUCGAUGUUUUCUGGCUCUAUAAAUAAUUUGAAAUACUUAACCCACUUGUUAAACUUGCAAAAGUUGUUUUAUAUACAUCGUUAUAACUAAAAAAAUGUUAUAUUAACAAUAUUUAUUCAAACGCUUUGAAAAUGAAACGGUAUAACGAGAUAUUAUACUGAAUUCAAUCCCUUUUACAAGAUAGAUGCAAGAGAUAAAACUUUAAAAAUAAAGGUGUGAGCUCAUGUGAUGUUGAAAAAAUAUCCAAUUUUUUCUAGUUAGGUUGGUGACCGAAUAAUUCAGCGAAAUAUACGUUAUUUUGAUGGAAAUUCAAUUUUUACAGAACCUAACAGGAAUUAUCAAACCUAGCAGAGAUUAAGUGUGAUGUCCCUUAUUUUGUUUUGAGUAGUGUCGAAACAGACAUUUUAGAACAAUAAUACUUUGAUUAGAAUAAUCGUACAUUUAUUUGCUAUAAUAAUGGAUUUAUUUUUCGAAACAACGAUUAUGUUUUGUUAAUUUUCGAGUAUUUUUACAACAUUUUAAUCGAACUACCAAAUUGAAUAAAUCAGUAAUAUAUGACUGUAGUAAAAUGUUGACUAUAGGCAAUUUUAAUUAAUAGUGCCUCUAGGAGGCUAGAAACUUCUAGAAAAUACAUUAAUAAAAAUCAAUGUUGAUUAUGGAAUGUUGUGAAGUGUUAAUUACAAUAAUUACAAGAAUGUAGCACGUAUUACAUUACAUCUCGUUUUGUAAAGGCUAGUUAUAAUGUUAAGAUUUAACGACAAAGUUAUUGAACGCUUCUCGCAAAAUUUAUAUUUUUUAUAAGUUUAAAAACUUAGUAUUAUAUGGCAACAUUGGGUUAUAUGGGCAUUUAGGUCUUGGUUAAAUAUAAAGUGUUUAUAAAUUCGCUUAAAGGACUCAUAUCUAGAGCCGAUGAUUAUUAAAAGCAUUUUUUAGAAUCGUAACAAUUCUAUCUGGAGAGAGAUUCUAAUUUGGAGUUUUUAUUUUUUUUUUCUAUAUGAAGCAAAAGUCCGUCACCCGUACAGCCCAGUGUUGCCCACUAAAUGUACAUAAGUUAUAUAGAUAAUAAAAUCAACAAGUAACGUACUUAUGACGUGAAAAUUAUGAAAAAAUCAAUCUUGUAACCUCACUAAUGAUGUAUGGAUUUUAAUGUAACGAAUUGACAAUGUUAUGAGACUUAAUCAGACGCCUAAAAUGGUAGUUAAUAAAACAGUUAACACAAAGUGGUAUUUUGUAGUCAACUGCAAACUGCGACCGCAAGCUGCAUACUAAACUGCGACUGCAGCAGCAACGCCGAUUUGAUUUUCGGAUCAGGUUCUAGCAAAGUUCUUUUCUUAUACGAUUUUUUAUAUAGCAAAUUGAUCCCACUAACAAUAAUACUGUGCUAAAAUUGCAUGCAGUACACCUUUUGCGGUCACGUCCUGCAGUCUGCAGUUUUGAAUGGAAAUGUUAAUACCUAGUUUGCAGUUCAGUCGGUAUGCUGGUGUAAACUAUAGUGCAACAUCUCUUCCAUGCUGGGACCUUUAAAUACUACCUCUGAAGCCAUUCCCUACAUUCCAUCGAUAUCUCGAUGUUAAAAUUAUUCUAAUGUUAGUAGCUCUUUGUAAUUGAGAAUUUUAAUAGGGUAUUUGACUUAUUUUUAUUUAUAAUUUUUAUAAAAUCAGUACGUUGUAUAAAUUCUAAAACAGAAAUCAUUGAAAUCUGGUGAAAAAUAUACAAAUUAUGACAUUAAAAUUAGGUAGUGGGCUGAGUAUCAAAACACAGAAAAGGGAUGAAAUACUUGGAUGUGACGUCAUUGGGAUUAGGAUGCGUGCGAAAGAAAGAGAUGGAUAUACGAUAUUCUCACAUCGCGCCCACUCCUGCACGUAGCAAUAUUUGAAUUGAAUUACUGCCUCAUCUCUUAUCGAAUUUUAAUGCUAUUUUCACAGAAGUUUAAUUGCUGUUACAUCUUAAAAAAUCAAUCAUAGUCAAAUACCCUAUUGUCAGUAUACCUGAUAUGCUUAUUAGAACAAUUCUUAACCUUUGGUACCUUUAAAUUCGUUUCAUUAAUAAGUAGGGAAUAAAUUAAUCCAGGUCAAACUAGAUUUUGAAAUUCUUGGUAUUACUAAAUACCAAGAUUGUUUGUGGAACGAAUUUUUUUAUCUUCUAUGUAUGCUCUUUAACUGUAUCAAAAUCUGUUAGGAUUCGACAGUAAUGCUCAUUUAAUUUAGGCGAGAAAAAUUCCGACGAAAUAUAUUCAAAAUGAUUUUUGUAACGCAAAACGCAUUGUGCCAAUGUAAAUUAUUUAAUUUAUUUUAAAGUAUCCAUUUGUAAAUUCAUGAUAACUCAUUCUAUCAUUUCAUUAAUUAAUUUUUUAUCGUCAUUCUUAUAAAGAAAAUAAUGUUGCGAAUAUAUUUUGUCGAAAUUUUGGUCCGGAAUAAACGUUUUUUUUAUCUAAAAGACAAUUCACACGAUACGUUUAACAUCGACGAUCGCAUUUUAGCCACGUCACGUUUGAUCGUUGUAUCAAAGUAGCAUUUUAGUAACAGACCAUGAAAUUAAAUAAUAUAUUUGAACCUUUAUAAUGUUAUACACUAUUUAAAUUCCGUCAAUAUUAACUCUACCACCAGUUCGGAAAGCAGUUCUCACCAGAGAAGAACGGUAAGAAACUCUAGCGUUGCUCUUUUAAAAAUUAUUCCAUUAUUUUGCUACCAGGGUAGCACAAUUUUGUAAUGGGCAAAUCAACACUCCACAUGCUUUUUUAAGGAGCUUCAAUAAUAAUAAUAGUCACAAUAAAACGAAUGAAAUCACACUUAACAUCAGUCAGAUUAUUUCAUUUACUGAGACGCGUCCCACUGCUUUCCCUAAUCGCUUAAGUGUGCGUGAGAAGCAUGAGUGUAUACACUAUGAUGGAUAGCAUGGAGGGUGAGUGAGAGUUUGGAUCAGUCACAUUACUCCGCGACAUCACGCAAUACUUCAUUCAAAAAGUGGUGGGGCGCGUCUUCGUGGAUGAAAUGACUAUAGACUUAAUCCAUUGUAAUUUAUGUGAGUUCUGGUGAACUUUAAAUGUAGCACUAAUAUGGAUGCUGUAUUGAUACUCGUUUUACUACUUUUAACUUUUAAUAGGGUGCAAAUAACUUGACGCUUUAAGAAACGUGCGUUGCAAUGUUGAGCGUUUUUUUUUACCGCGCAUUUUGUCUUAGACCUUAGGUGUAAACAUAAUAUGUAAUAGGUGAAAAUGGAGUUAAAUCUGUAGUUGGUGUUAAAGGUAUCGUGUUUGUUAAUAACAUAAAUGUUAAAUACAAGUAAUGUAAGGCAAGACAUUAUAUCAAAUAGCCGAACUAUGUUUUAUAUAAAGAAAUGAUUUAUUGAAAUAAAUAUUUUAUAGCUAUA